ACAUCACUUAGUAUCUCGGUAAGUGCUGUGUGCGUAAGAUGGUUCCGUUGUCGCGGUGUUUGAAGUUUCGGGCGGUUGCGGGGGCGGUUAGGUACCAAUGCCGAUAUCAGUCUAUGCAAAACAUUGUCAAAUCGCCGCUGCCUGACGUAGAAGUGCCUGAUAAUCUCCUCUUACAUGAGUAUUUACUCAGUGGACUUGAUAAGUGGCAUGAUAAGACCGCGGUUGAAUGCUUAGACACAUCACGGAAAUUUACUUAUGCAGAAAUAAAUAAGAAAAGUGAUGCUUUCGCUGGAUUUUUACAUAGUUUAGACCUUCAAAAUGGCGAUGUGAUCGCUGUGGUCCUCACAAAUGUCCCGGAGUACUUUGUGGCCUUGAUAGGAGGCAUGAAAGCCGGUGUCGUGAUAUCAACAAUUAAUCCAGCAUACACAGCAAGCGAAAUAAAGAAGCAGUUGAUCAACUGUCAUGCGAAGCUGGUGGUAACGCUCGCCGGGCUCUACCCGACGAUCCGCGAGGCGGUCGACGGCGUGUUGCGGGAGGACCAAGGCCGCCACGGCCGCCACCAGCUUCCCAUCGUGGCGAUAAAUCAUACGCCGAAUGAAUCAUCGCCGAGCGGGUGUAUAAAGUUUAACGAGGUGACGUCGAAGGAGUGGCCCAAACGGACGCGCGCUUCGCCAAAAGCGGAAGACGUUUGCCUGCUGCCGUACUCUAGCGGUACCACCGGACUGCCGAAGGGCGUGCAAUUAACACAUCGGAAUUUGGUGGCAAACGCGCUGCAGGCCGGUGCGCCCGAAGUGAAGUUCACCACCGAGACGCACGGUUCCAACCAAGACGUCGUGCCUAUUAUGCUGCCAAUGUUCCACUUGUAUGGUUUAGGCGUAAUUGGAAUAAACUUGUUUGCGCAGGGAGUUAAAUUCAUAACUUUACCCAAGUUUACAACUGAUGCAUUCGCUCAAGUGCUGCACCAACAAAGCCCUUCGAUAUUGUUUGUUGUUCCACCUAUGAUCCUCAUGCUACUAAACAAUCCGAUAUUAAAACUAGAAAAGUUAUCGCGCUCGGUGCGCGCAUUAGUGUCAGCUGCCGCCCCGUUGGGUGCCGCCGACAUCGAGCGCUUCCGCGAGCGCACCGCCAACGCCAUUCAUCUGCUGCAAGUGUACGGCUUGACCGAAACGUCACCACUCACGCACGUGCAAUCGUUUCAUUUGCAAAACGCCAUCAAAAUCGGUGGAAGUGGUAUGACACUACCAAACACCCUGUGUAAAAUAUGCACCCCAGGUGAACCGAAUAGUGUUGCCCUAGGUCCACAUCAACCCGGAGAAUUACUCAUUAAAGGACCUCAAGUUAUGAAAGGUUAUUUAAAUAACGAUCAAGCUAAUCGCGAUACAAUCUCAGCAGAUGGUUGGUUGCGUACCGGAGACAUCGCUUACUACGAUGAUGAUGGCCAUUUCUUUAUCACCGACCGACUGAAGGAGUUAAUUAAGGUGAAAGGUUUCCAAGUGGCGCCCGCCGAACUAGAGGAGGUCCUGCGUGAUCAUCCCGAUAUUGCCGACGCUGCCGUCAUCGGCGUGCCGGAUGUGAACAGUGGCGAAGCGCCCAAGGCGUUCGUAGUCCUGCGGCCCGAGGCGCGCGCCACCGUCGACGACAUCCAUGCGUACAUGGCCGACAAGGUCGUCAAGUACAAGCAGCUGCGCGGCGGUAUCGUCCUGCUCGACGCCAUUCCGAAAACCGCCUCCGGGAAGAUUCUACGGCGCAACUUGAAAGAUUUAUAACGGUGGUAUUAGGUCUAUUGCAUUAUUAAACGUUUGUAAAAGUUACAGCUAAAGUUACGAAAAGGGUGUAAUCACGAAGCUGCUCUACAGGGACGUAUUAAUUUUAGAUUAUUUUAAAUAUUUUAUCUGUGCAAGAUAUUUGUUUAAAUAAUUCAAGAGAUUACGCCAGAUAAUAAUACCGAAAACUGAAAACUCAACUUUUAGCUAAAAAUAUACGUAAUAAUUAUAAUUAUAUAGGUUAUAUUAUUAAUAGACGCAAAUUAUAUCAUUUUGUAAAAGGGCUUAAUAAAUUUAAAUCCCUCUGUGACACUAAA